UUUUCAGGUGCCUUCAUGAAGAUAGGAUGAGCGUGAGCGAGGUGGAGAGGCAGUGCACGCCACGUCUCGCCGAUUAUUUUGUCGAACUGCAGCUUGAUGAAACGCAAAUUAGGCAUGGAAGCAGCGUAGGUAUGGUUACACGACGUCUACCAUCAAAUGAAUGGCCAGAUGUCCCUUUUCCAAAUAGUAUCUCAAUGUUCUGCGUCCCUCAUGGCUGGAGCUUGGCUCACAAGCAACUCGAUCCAACGUUUUUUGUGUGUACGUUGACCGAUCUUAUGGGCGCACAUCAGUAUGCUUGUUGCUUGCAGGUUUAUGAACCUUGCGUGGGCAGCCCAGAUGAGGACUGCGAGGACAUCUAUCAUCCCUCAAGUGCUACGUUUAGGCCGCGAGUUUACGUUAUUCUCUCUCGCUAUCCUUAUUUCGAUCUGUUUCGAGCUUGCCUUCAUCGUAUCUAUCUGGCCAUUCAAAAUGAUGUAUCGAUGGCGGAGGUGAUGAUCGCAACAAUCGUUAGCAAAAUUCUGUUAAUAGGAAGAACGCCAAUCAGCUUCUCAAUGGGUGGAGAGCGGGUUUCGGUUCAGCCCAUUCUCCAACGGCGGGUACCGUUGACGGGCGAUCGAGUGGCACGUUUUGCUAGAUGUUUAGGUUCAAUUCAUAACUUAUUGACGGUAGUUCGAGCCGUGUUGUGUGAUGCGAAAAUUAUCCUGCAUAGUUCAUCACAACAACGUCUUUCGGACUCCGCCUAUGCUAUCAAAUCUAUAAUUUUCCCUUUCGAAUACACGUAUACCUUUGUGACAGCACUGCCAGAAUUGUUACUGGAGUACCUUGAGAGCCCUACGCCUUAUCUCAUGGGUGUAUUAUCUCAAGUCCGGGAAAAACUGCCAAAUGUUGAUGCAGUUGUGGUGGAUCUCGAUACUGGUGAAGUACGCCUUCCCGUCAAUAACCAGUUAGCUGAACUUCCUUCUCCGUUCCGUGAACGUUUGAUCACUAGGCUCCAGAGGGUUCUUAGUCCAGAGCUAUCGACUGCUGACUUCGCCAUACCCGCUGCGCUGCCGCCGCCGCUAGAACCGCAUUUGUUGGAUAAAGAAAUACGAGCCUGUUUUGUAUUGUUCUUUUCCGAACUUUUGUAUGGCUAUCGCGCCUGUCUGGAACUGGUUCGUCUUCACCGUCAUCCGCUCAUUGUCUUUCAUAAAGCUGCAUUUAUGGGUAUGAGACACCUUACGUCUCCCCUUCUUCACGAUCUCAUCGAAGGACAGAUGUUCCAGCUUUUUGUUGCUACUCGAGGCUUACCAUUUAGAGAAUGCGACAUUUUUGAUGACAUAGUAUGCACUGCAACUAUUGAAGGAGACGACCUCGAUAAUUCUGACGAAAAACAGCGGUUGUCAAAAAUUAGCUCGUCAUUGUUUGUGAAUGAGAAGCAGGAGAGUAUCAUGACCACAACUCCUACACUCGCGAAAAGAGCCUCUCUAGCUCUGUCCAAUGGAGUUCACUUCAGUCAUGAUGAAGCCACUCUUCGACCACUGAGUAAUGACAAAGUGAAUGCUCUCAUCGAGAAGAACCGCUUGCUUUGGAGUCUAGAUGAUCCUGGUCGGCUACAACCGAAAGAAGUGCCGGUCCCCGAGAAGCUAAAUUUGUACGAGGAACACAUUGGAGCAAACAGUCGUCGUCUUUUGGUGCUCAGUGCAUGCAUCGAUGCUAUAUUCGAUAAUCGAAUGUCGGAAGCGAGAAAGAUGAUGUGCGCUGUGGAACUCUCUCUGAGGGUCGUUGCUGCUCGCGUCGCUCUCUGCCGUCACUUGGCCAGUGCUGCCGUACCGGUGACAAGAGCAAUGUUGCAGCCUGCACAAUUCGAACUGGUUGUUCGGCUUCUGAACUGCGCGUUGGAGCACGAGUCUGAUGAUGACGAGCAUGGAAUCGCCUACGCUUGCUUGCACUUAGGAAAUAUGUAUUGUAGGAGGCUCUCGCAAGGUGUGCAACAAUAUGCUUACACCUGUAUACAAGACCAUUCUGUAUGGAGCAAUCAACGCUUUUGGGAGACUGCGUUCUUCCACGACGUUCAUGAGUUGAUGCGUAGGCACUAUGGGAAAAUACACGAUAGUGGCAUGCCAUUGUCUGGAAAGAGUCCAUACGACAUGUGGAAUUUGCUGGAAGAACCAACGGCUAUGGCUGUAUCAGCUGCUCGCCUCAGCAAUCUUUCUGAAUACAGCGAAGAAGAGUUAAAGAAGUGUAGUGAAGAGGAGGAAUCCAUUGUGUAUGGACAAGCAAAACAUUACGUAAAUCUCAUGAUCUACUUACGAGUCCCGCUUGACGCUUCACGUCUUCGGAGAAUUGAUAAAAACGAUCUCGAACUACGCGGUACUUCCCGAGCCCUACGAGACACCGACUCAUACUCUUGCUCCGACGGAGAAUCUGGUUUCAUCGAAAAUGUCAACGAUGGGGAUCUAGGCAACGUGGUAGUCACAUGGAUCUCCCGCGUGAUAGAUCGCAUCUGCUCAGCUGCCGGAUUGGAUCCUCGUCUAACAGAGCAGCUCACUCAGGUUAUCCCGGGAUUCGUUGCUGUGCACAUAGAUAAUCUGGAACAAGUUCAUGCUGAAAGUAGAAAACUUGCUCCUCCACCUAAGUCUAAAUUACUUACACCUGUACUACUUACACCAUGUGAGCGCAUCAUUGUUGGAGGUUUGCGGUGCGUACUUCUUCCAGAAGGACGCCCUGCUAAUACAGAAAAUCCCGAUAACAAUGUGAAUCUCCUUCCUGCUGAGGGAGCAUUGUUCCUUACGAACUACCGUAUCAUUUUCAAAGGACGGCCAACAAAUCCUUUCCUCACCGAUAUGGUGGUAGUUCGAUCAGUUCCUGUGAUGACUUUAACCAAGGAGAAGUCUAUCGGUGAUCAAAGCCUUCAGGCUGCUGGGCAAUUGCAUGGAAUUUCGUCAAAGAUUGCCAGCGGUCUGCAUGAUGGACUUCAAAUGCGAACUGCAUGCUUCCAACUGCUCAAGGUCGCCUUUGAUGAGGAGGUUACUGGCGAUGAAGUGGAAGCAUUCACAAAGUCACUGUCAAGCCAGAGGUGGCCAAGCGUCCUACCUCAUACUCUUUUUGCAUAUAACACUGUCAGUCAUCUCCUCACUUCCACGUUACCGAGUGGUCCAAAAAGCAAAUACAGUACCAUUAGAGAACUGAAGAAAACGAUUGCACGAUUUCCGAAAAAUACUAUGACACGUCGCCGCGUGGAUUCUGUCAACAAGUGGCCGCCAUCACCUCUUGCCACCCCUGCUCUCAGAUCUUCUUCGCAGUCUAGCAAGAACGAUACCCUUGCAAAUAAUAGCGAUUAUCUCGACCUUUCCGAUAUACCUGAGAUCAUAAACCCGCUAAGUGCUCCUGAUAUGCAUCGACACCACCUUUGUGACUACGAACGGCUACGACUCCGCGGCAUAGACUCAAUUUUCAGGAUAUCAUACGCCAAUGCUCAUUAUGAUAUAGUGAAAACGUAUCCAUACGCAUUUGUUGUGCCAUCGUCCGUUGGCGAUGACGCUUUCCUGAAAAUUGCUAAGGGAUUCAAGCACGGUCGUUUUCCCGUUAUUACGUGGACAAAUGAAAAUGGUGCACUAUUAAUUCGUGGAAGUGGUCUGACACAAAGUAAUGUUGUACAAAAGUUCAAAAAGGCUAACAUUCUCCAUGGAAGCGAAUCAGUAUCAACUCUUGGCGGUAGUCGAAUGACUCUGGUUUCAAAAGACAGUGGAGAAGCUGGUCCGCUACACAGUGUGGAGUACCAGGAACACUACUUGGCUCGACUGGCGCACGUAUCGCCUUCUGGCAACGGAGAUUUAGGUGGUACAACUGGAAGUUUGGCUAGCUUGAUCUCUCUUGAUAGUCUUCUUACGGCUGAUGGUAUGUCAUCAGUAGCCACUGGAACUCCUGAUGCUCGUCGGCGUAACCAAGGAUCGGAUCUGGCGAAGCACUAUGCGACUUCCAUCCGCAGCAGUGGUGGUAAACCAGGAUCUAGAGCUUCCAUGAUCAAUUCGAAUGUUCCUUGGACGAUUGCGUCAUCGUACAGUGAGCGCCAGUCACAGAAGACGCUACAGUAUGCGAUAGGAAGCUUGACGCGGAAAAAUCUGUACAUCUUAGUGGAGAAGGGACACUCAAAGAUUUUCCGCGGCGACAAAAAUGUCGAGUUCAUUCCCAUCAGCUUUCCUACUACGCAUCAAAUGAAGGUAUCCUUCAAAAAGCUCCUCAGAGUUAUGCGACCUAGCGUUCCAUUCAUGGACUCGUCGUCAUCCACAUUCUACCGAUCUUUAGAGGAGUCGGAAUGGUUGCAGCUGAUAUCAAGUCUUUUAUCACUUUCCACUUCUAUCGCUAGUAUUGUGAAUAUGCAGAACUCAUCGGUAGCAUUGUGUAUUGAAGAAGGUUGGGACACUACCUGUCAGUUAGUUUCGCUUGCUGAACUUAUGCUGGAUCCUUUUUACCGAACCAUCAACGGUUUUCAAAUACUUAUCGAAAAAGAAUGGUUAGCGUUUGGACAUCGGUUUUCGCACCGGGCUAAUCACACUAUCUCUUCUCAGAACAGCGGCAUAACUCCAGUCUUUCUUAUCUUUCUGGAUGCUGUUCAUCAGUUAUUGGAGCAGUUUCCUGGUGCUUUUGAAUUUAACGACUUUUUCCUCCGAUUCUUGGCUUACCAUAGCCAAUCAGCUUUCUUCCGCACUUUUCUUUUGGAUUGCGAAUCUGAACGAGUUCAUCUUGAACAGCUGGUCCCAGAAACGGCUGAAGGUCAUCGUGGCUGUAUAUGGCUUUACAUAAAAGAGAAGACGCGUCGUAACACUAUAUUUCACAACCUCUUGUAUUCUCGUGAUGGCCAGAGUGUGCUGCUUCCAGCUAGCUCAGUUGCUGCUCUCGGAAUUUGGGCUUUUUAUUCAGAAGAGACUCUUAGCCAUGGUUCACCUUACGACAUUGACCUUGCGGAAGCCGAGCUAGCGGAAAGGGAAGAGGAACGUUUUGCACAUUCCGGUGAAGGAGUAACCACGGGAAGCACAGCUGCUAGGAUAAUAGAUUCCACUAUCACCAGUCAGGAUCUCAAACGAGAAGACGGAAUAACUUUUCUUUUACAGACCAAUGAUCGCCUCAACCCUCUCGAUAAACCAAGUGCAGGUGGUUGGUUAGCUACUUGGCAGGCUGUAGAAGAGAAAAUGACACUUAAAGAGGAUGAAGACCAGGAGGAAAAAGAAGAGAAACAUGACUGGGAUUGGCAAGUAAGACGAUUGUUGAUGAAAAGGGCAGCUGUACGUUUGUUGCUGAGGGGAGUGACAAGCAGAUCUGCUGCAAAUCAGAAGAAUGUCAGUCGGAACCAUGUCUUCGAGCAUUACGGCGCAAGUGGAGCUCAACCAUCAGAAUGUGCUCUGUGUCGUUUUCCACUUUACGGAACUGUUGUUCGUACAGGCCAGAGAUGUCGUCAGUGUGGAGUGAUAGCGCACGAUAAAUGCAUUGUCAACAUUACUUGGCCGUGCGAUUCCCGUGUAGCAGCAGUUCUACCGCGUACGAUACCGGAGCAGUCGCUUCCACCGACGCCUUCUAAAUCCGUAGAGCCACCGCAAAGUACGGUAGUAAGAAGUGAAACAAUGCUCAGUGACAUAGGAGAAGCUAACAACGGUCGAACGUUGACGAUGGGCCAUGGAGCAGUGUCGUCAUCUCGUGCAGCGCCUCUUCAUCAAGGAUAUUUGAGUAAGAAAGGUGCCAAGUUCAAGCUUUGGGCACCGAGAUGGUUUGAACUUGAGGCGAAUAGUCAUAAGAUGUACUACUACGAGUCAGAGCAUGACAUGGAAUGUCGCGGAUACAUUGAUCUUUGCGAUGUCGGUAGCGUAGAAGUAGAAAACAACGGCAACAAAGCAAUUCUUGAGCUGCGCACGAAAAAACGUGCUUACUCUCUUCUGGCUGAAAGCCGGCUUGUAGCUGAAACGUGGAAGGAAAAAAUUGAGAUGGUUCUGAGGGAGUAAAGAUCUCAAUUAGAUUCGGUGAUUGUUUCAUAAUUCGUCUGCUGAUAUUCAUCUCUGUUUUCCUCUUGUUUGCGAGCUUUUGCUUUGCCGUUUGCCAUCGUGUGCAUCCUUCGACUUUGUUUUUAGACCAAAUACUGUUGAACUGGGUAUCGUGUGAGCCUUUUUGUUCACUUGCCAUUUCUAGGCCACGACUAUCCCGUUCUGAUACGACUUAGUUUGUUGCAUAAUUAUUAGCGCGCCAAAUUGAUCUAGUUCUAGAUGAUGUCGUUAGCAUUUCAAUUUAGAUCUCUCCAACCUGGUGGUAAUUAUACGCAUUUAUAGUAUCUGAUGCAUAUUCCUGUACCAGCAUUUCGGUGCAUUUUGAUGAUGCGCAGAUCAUCCAUGUCUUUGACCGUUUUGUUGUGCGACUUAAUAAUCAUUGUACUGCCGACUUGCCAUCUGUUCAUAACUAGUCACUUACAGGGCUUGAUCAUUACAUGGGUUUUAUUUUUGUUGGAAGUGAACCACGUUCCGUGAAUAUUUAGUGACAAAUAAAUCCUGUCACAACUGCUGUCAAAUGAACAGUUGAACGCA